CGCUCAGGCGGUCCGACCAAUCGGCCGCGGCGGGACGCGCGGGGUGGGGACAUCCGGAGCGGGCGGCCAGUCAGUGGCGAGGAGAGUGGAGGUGACUUAAAGGAGAAGGUUUAACCAUGAUGUACGCUUGUGCUAAGUUUGUCUCCUGUCCUGCUGUGGUUCGCAGCACUUCAAGGACAUUCCUUAGGCCUGUGUCAGCCUCUGUCUUAAGCAGACCAGAGCCCCGAAAUGAACAAGCACAGCUCCUCCCCGCACCAGGGAGCGCACUGAUGCAGGUUGUACGGCGGGACCUCCAGACCAGUGUCGCCACCAGGGACAUCGACACUGCUGCUAAGUUUAUUGGUGCUGGUGCUGCCACUGUGGGAGUGGCUGGCUCCGGUGCUGGCAUUGGAACUGUAUUCGGCAGCUUGAUUAUUGGAUAUGCCAGGAACCCUUCCCUGAAACAGCAACUUUUCUCCUACGCAAUCCUGGGCUUUGCCCUGUCUGAAGCCAUGGGACUCUUCUGUCUGAUGGUUGCCUUCCUCAUCCUGUUUGCCAUGUAAGUUCCUGCAGGAGAUGUGGAAGACGGCCGGGGAAGAGUAAAUUAUUGCAAUGGAUGGAUGGCUUCUGCCACCCCUAAGUAUUCAAAUGGAUUAUUAUUUUGUCCAGUCCAAUUGUGUAAGAACUCUUUGAUUUAGUCCAACAGGGUCGAUAUCUGAAUAAAAUGGUUAAACCAGCUUCUAAAA